UACACUCCCCCUCAGGAAUCACCAUAUUUUAAUGAAAACUUUUUUGACAAUCUCCAAGUAGAGAUCAACCACUACCAGGCCCAGGGUAAUAUCUUGCUGAUUGGAGACCUGAAUGCCAGAACAGGAUGUGAGCCUGACAUGGUUGAUGCUGCUUGUAAGAAUCACAUCUUUAGACAACCCUCACUGUACCAUACCUACACGAUCUCCCAGAGAAACAACCCUGAUCGUAUUGUAAACAAAACGGUGGAGCCCUCGGUUCAUCUGAGGUCAGAGACCCCCCCUAACAGCAAACACACCACCAUGCUGAAGUGCAGCGCCUACAGAUUCUAUCCUAAAGAGAUCCAGGUGACGUGGAUCAGGAAUGGGCAGGAUGUGACAUCAGACAUCUCCACCGAGGACCUAUAUGACGGGGACUUCUACUUCCAGCACCACUCCUACCUGGAGUACACGCCCACACCUGGGGAGGAGGUGUUCUGCAUGGUGGAGCACGCCAGCCUCCCUCGCCCCAAGAUCUUCCGCUGGGAUCCCUCCAUGCCCGUGUCAGAGAGGGUCCAGCUGGGUAUAGGAGCGUUAGGUGUGUUCCUGGGGCUGGUGGUGCUCACCGCCGGCAGCCUGUACUACAAGAGGAGGCCCAUAGUGGUGGUACGGACUCCCUCGACUGUUGAGCUGCAGAGCAGGCAAGAGACAAACUUGAAUGUCAAUGAGACUCUGAGUCAGGAAGCUUGCAUGUGA